UUUCAAUAUUUUCAGUGUAAUCUCUGAUCUCUGUAAACUCUGACAACGUUGCAUUGUUGGUGUUUGGAAACAUAACCUUAUUUAUUUUUAAAUUUGAAAUUUAUUGAAAAAUGUUGACUCAAAUUUUAAUGUUGAAUUGUUGAAUUAAAAAAGUGUACGUACACGAAAUGAAUAAGUUUAGUAGAAUUUUGUAUCCUGUAUCUAAAUGUAACAAAAGAUUUGUUAGUGGACCUAAAAGGAAAUAUCCUAUUGACCCAGAACAUGAAAGAUCCUUACCAGUAUUCCAAUAUAGUGUAAGUAAUGAAAAUUAUAGAAGAGUAUUUUCGUGGGGUAAUAUUUGCACAGGAGCUCUUGGUAAACCAUUUCAUAAAUCUGAAGAAAAUAUUGACAAAUUAAAACAUUUACAAUUUCCAAAGAGACUUACGUUUGGAGAACAGCAUCAAGUUGUCACAGCCGCUUGUGGUUUUGGUUUCACAGUGUUUGCUGUCCAAAGCGAUACCAAUCAAAAAGUUUAUGGUACAGGUAUCAACACAGAUUCUCAGAUAGGUUAUCAUGAAAUAAGGAAAGAUCAUCCUUUAGAAGUAAUUUUUCUCCCAAAACCAAUUGAUUUACCAUUUAAAAAUCCUGUAAAAUCUAAAGUUACAAAGCUUGCAGCUGGUAGAGCUCAUAUUCUUGUUUUAACUGAUGAAGGACUAUUUACGCUUGGAAAUAAUGCAUAUGGGCAAUGUGGUAGGAAAGUUAUACCAAAUGAAAAUUAUAGUAAAAGUAAUUAUAUAAAUCAUAUUGAAAACAUUGAUGAUAAGAAAAUUGUAGAUGUCAUGUGUGGCCAAGAUCACAGUCUAAUACUCACUGAGGAUGGUAGUGUAUACUCAUGUGGCUGGGGCGCAGAUGGUCAGACAGGUUUAGAACAUUUUAACAAUUGUAGUGAAUUUACAAAAGUGAAUGGUGAUAUCCAGAAUGAAAAGAUAAUAAAAUUGUCAUCAAGAUCUGAUUUUGUGCUAGCCCUAAAUGACAAAGGUCAAGUUUUUGGUUGGGGAAAUACAGAAUAUGGUCAGAUGACCUUACCAGGAGGAGACCAACAAGUUGCCUCCCCACACUAUAUAAAAAUGCUCAGCAAUUUAGGAAGAAUUAAAUGUAUAGCCACUGCUGGUGCUUUUUGCCUUGUUCUAAAUGAUAAUGGACAAGUGUUCUCCUGGGGAUAUGGAUUAUUAGGCACAGGUCCAGUAGCGGAGCUAUCCAGGAAGCCUAUUCAUAUUCCAGAUACUCUAUUUGGUAAAAAUGAUUACCAGUCUGAUUCUACAGUGAUAGAUAUCACUUGUGGUCUCUACCAUUCAGCUGCAAUUACAAAUCAUGGAGAUCUCUUUAUAUGGGGACGAAAUAAAAAUGGUUGUCUAGGAUUAGGUCGACCUGAAGACCAGUUCUUCCCAUUAAAAGUAGCAAUUGGUGGUUAUGUUGAGCAAGUUAUUUGUGGAAUAGAUCAUUCAAUUGCCAUUUGCAAACCAUUUAUAUAAUUGUGUUUAUAAAAAUGUUUUUAUAUGUGAUAAUAGUUAUAUAUUUUAUGUAUUUUUUGCAUCCUGAAAAUGUUAUAUAUAAGUAAAUAAAUAAGAUAGUUUAAGUGUAAUUAUUCGUAAAUUUUAAAGUUUAUAUACCUUAGAAUAAUGUGCGAGCCAUUUUUGAGCUAGUCCGGCAUCGCUCUAAUCACUUAUUUAGGUCUAUUUCGGCCUCCACUUUUCCGAUAACUAAGAAUAUUCGAUCGAAUAAAUCAACUUCCAAAACCCCCCAACGGAUGACUGUGGAUAGUUACCUAGACUUUGGUGGAUACAUCUCAAAAUAACAAUUUUGGUGAAAGCUCUUAUUUAAGUAAAUCUAGAAAGUAUCGAAUGUUUGAGAAACGAUACACGUCCAUACAAAUACGCCAACUUUCGAAGUUUAAGUUUUAGAUAAAAUAUUAGUUUGUGCAAAUAAAUGUUGUCAAAGUAAUUAAUAUGAAAUCACCCAGUAUAUGAAAUUCCAAUCAACGAAAAUCCCAAAACCUGCAAAAUCAAUUUAAAUUUACAAAACAAUUUAAUAAGAGAAUUUAUUUUAAAAAAUGGCAUAUUCUUCUGUUCCGACUGCCCUCCUGCUCUGUCU